AUGCAGAGCUAUAAAAGGGACCCUCCGCCGUUAGGAAAUGCUGAAAGCGGAUGCCUUGAACAGGACUUCAGAAAAGACUUUAAAAAAAAAAAAACACCCUGGUUGUUCUUCCAUUUGUGGAAGCCCAAGGAGAUUUUAAAACCAGAGUGCGUGAUGACCCAAAUGCAAUUUUGACCUGCUUGGAAAUUAGCAUCGGAGAAUCCUGUUCUGGAGUUCAAAGGAUGAUUGAAUUACAGAGACAGCUUCUGCCUGCCUUCCUUUUCCUUGCAGUUGCCUGCAUUUCUGGUGAACGGAUUUUAAAACAAUCAGUGAGCUGGAUCUCCAAUGGACGAAAGCCCUACAGUCUUUUGACCAAACACAAUUCAGACAACCAAGAAACGUGGACCAGCUGGUUCAACAUUGAUCAUCCCGGUGGGAACGGGGAUUACGAGCGCUUAGAUGCCAUUCGCUUCUAUUACCGGAACAGGGUGUGUCCAAGUCCCAUCCAGAUCGAAGCCCGGACCACCGACUGGGUCCCCGCCACCAGUUCGGGCCAGGUGGUCCACUCCAGUGUCCACGAGGGAUUCUGGUGCCUGAAUAAGGAGCCCCCCGGGCAAACGUGCUUCAAUUAUGCAGUGCGUUUUCUCUGUCCUCCAGGGUUUUUGGCUGGAAAUUCCAAGUCCGUCUGGUCAUCGUGGUCAACGUGGAGCUCCUGUUCUGGAAAAUGUGACCGAGCCGGUGUGCAGACUCGGAGAAGGAUGUGCCUUGCGGAUACUUUCAUGGAUCCGCGCUGCAAGGACAUCAGCGAGGAAGAGAGGGCUUGCCUGGGACCCCCUUGCAAAGUUUGCAACAUGAUGUGCUCCAGGGGUUGGGCGAAUGCCGACUGCAGCGCAUGUUUCUGUCAAGAACAUUUACUCCAUGGCACCGUUGCCCUUCAAGAUGGCGCCCCGGCAGCUGGAGCCCACCUCUAUCUGCAAGCGAAGCCAUCGAAGUUCUUAACAGAGUCAGGCCACAAUGGGGCCUUCAAGAUCCCUGGCGUGUGCCCCGAUGGAAAAACCGCCCUGCAAAUUAAAAAAUCCAAGUAUGCGACGGCUGUGAUCACUUUGUCAGAGAGUGCUGAAAAUUACUCGGCUGUCCGUAUCUACUUGAAAAGAGCAGAAAAACCAUACAUGACGAUGCAUCCAGAAAACAAAGCCAGAAGAGAGGGUCAGAGUGUGUCAUUCUGUUGUCACGCCACUGGAAAUCCAUCACCUGGCAGAUAUUGGUGGUUCCACAACGAUACUCUGCUGGACCCUGCCCUUUAUAAAUAUAAAAGCAACUUGAUUUUGAAGAAUUUGAAGAUGAACCAAACCGGACGAUAUUUUUGUAAGACCAGCAAUGAAGCUGGUUCGGUCAAGUCCCAAAGCGCAACCCUUUCUCUCAUAGGAAAGAACCGAGCAUCCUGUGACUCCAGGCCCGAGAGUUAUCAUAUCCAACUGCCCCAUGAUUGCUUUCAAAACUCAACCAAUUCUUUCUACUACGAUGUUGGUAGAUGUUUGCCUACGACAUGCUCCGGAACGUUACGUGAAGGUUUCUGGUGCAAGGACACCAUCACUUACUGCUGUGGGGUCUCCAAGAUGGAAACACGGGAUAUAACAUGUGCCGGCUACACCCUUCCCAUCAAGGUCACGGUGGAAUGUGGCUGCCAGAAGUGCACCGAGGUCAAGGUCACUGUGCGAGGAAGAGCUGUGGCGUCUGAUACGGGAGAGCCCAUGAGGUUUGGUCACAUCUACAUGGGGAGCAACAGGAUCAGCAUGACGGGCUACAAGGGCACUUUUUCUGUGCAAGUGCCCCCAGACACCGAGAGACUGGUCCUCACCUUUGUGGACCGCAUGCAGAAAUUUGUAAACACCACCAAAGUGUUGCCGUUCAAUAGAAAUGGCGGGGCAGUCUUCCACGAGGUCAGGAUGUUAAGGAAAAAGCCACCGAUCACACUAGAAUCCACAGAGACCAACAUGAUUUCCUUGGGAGAAAUGGAGGGAGAAGAUCCGAUCGCUGAACUUGAAAUCCCUCCUAAUACAUUUUACAAACUGAACGGAGAACUCUACGCAGGGAAAGUGAAAGCCAGCGUGACUUUCCUGGACCCCAGAAAUGUCUCCGGUGCAGCCACUGCACAGUCUGACUUGAAUUUUGUAGAUGCCGAAGGGGACAUGCUUCCUCUGAGGACGUAUGGCAUGUUUUCUAUGGAUUUCAUGGACGAAACGGCCACAGAAUCGCUCAACGCGGGUCAAGUGAAGGUCCACCUGGACUCUGCUCAGAUCAAAAUGCCAGAACAUCUACAAGGGAUGAAACUUUGGUCUCUGAAUCCACAAACGGGUUUGUGGGAGGAAGAAGGGGAUUUCGAACUGGACCACAGCAGGCGUGGAAAGCGAGAGGAGAGGACGUUUCUGGUGGGCAACAUGGAGAUACGAGAAAGGAGGCUGUUCAACUUGGACGUCCCCGAAAACAGACGGUGCUACAUCAAGGUACGUGCUUACCGAAGCGAGAGAUACCUAUCCAGUGAACAGGUUGCAGGUGUGGUGGUUUCUGUUAUCAACUUAGAACCAACCCCAGGAUACUCUACUAACCCCAGAGCUUGGGGGCGCUUUGAUAGUGCCGUCACUGGCUCUAGUGGUGUUUGCGUCCCAGCUUUCUGUGAUGACCAAAAUCCAGAUGCUUACAGUGCCUACAUCAUGGCUAGUCUUGGAGGAGAAGAACUUGAAGCGGUUGCUUCCUCCCCCCAGCUUAACCCUUUUACUGUGGGAGUGCCACAACCGUACCUCAGCAAGCUCAAGUACAGGAGAACAGAUCAUCUGGACCCCAACGUGAAGAAAACGGCCUUCAGGAUCAACGUGGCCAAGCCUACUCCCAACAUCGCUGGAGAGAGCAAUGGUCCCGUAUACCCUUAUGAAAAGCUGCACGAGUGUGAAGUUGCUCUCCCCUCCGCGGCUCACUUCAGGUUUUACAGAGUCGAAGGAGACAAAUACGACUACAACACCGUUCCUUUUAAUGAGGAUGACCCCAUGAACUGGACGGAAGACUACUUGGCUUGGUGGCCCAAACCAAUGGAAUUCAGGGCAUGUUAUAUUAAAGUGAGGAUCAACGGGCCCCUUGAAUUGAUUGUGAGAUCUCGCAACACAGGGGGCACCCAUCCACGGACUGUUGGCCAAUUGUACGGCAUCAGGGAUGUGAGGAGCAUCCGUGCUAUGGGCCAUCCUAACCUUUCAACGGCGUGUCUAGAGUUCAAGUGCAGUGGCAUGUUGUACGACCAAGAACGUGUUGAUCGGACGCUGGUGAAGAUUAUCCCUCAGGGCAGCUGUUACAGGGAGAAUGUGAACAACAUGUUGCACGAAUAUCUGGUAAACCACCUCCCCAUGGCCAUGAACAAUGACUCCAGCGAAUAUACAAUGUUGGCUCCUCUCGAUCCGCUUGGACACAACUAUGGGAUCUAUACCGUGACCGAUCAAGAUCCUCGGACAGCCAAAGAAAUAGCUCUGGGACGAUGUUUCGAUGGGACCUCUGACAGCUCUUCCAGAGUUAUGAAGAGCAACGUGGGCAUUGCGUUAACGUUCAACUGUCACGAAAGAGACACGCGAGAAAACGUGUUCCAGUCCUUAAGGAACGUGCCCAGCAGGUUUCCAGCAAGCCCUUCUAGAGAGAGGACUGGCGCAAGAAGACGAAGUGAAAGUCCUGUAGUUAGAGUCCCUCAAAAAGUCCAAUAAGCUUUGGUACCCUUGCUUCUCAACGGGCAGCUCUGUGAGAAUCCCAGCCCCCGCCUAUUAAUUCAUGAACUAGAAAACACCCCACAUCAUACCAAUACUUUUUGAGUUUUUAUUCAAUGAGUUUACACAUGCAAUAAGAAAUACAUCCGAAGAAAAGAAAAUAUAGUAAAAAGACAAGCAAGUAAAAGAAGAAAGAAAAAAAGCUAGAUAAUCCUUGCCAAUAUUGAGGGGUAUGGGAAGGUUCUGCUUAUGUAAUGCUUUACAUAUCUUUCAUGGUGUUUCAUUGGCCUUCAGAGAAACGCAAGAAGCAUUUUCAAAGAGCCAAUAAUGGAUCAAACAGGUUUCCCCAUCUGGUACCAUCCAGAUGUGUUGACUUCCAUCAUAUUAAUUCCCAAGUAGCAUGGAAGUUGGUCCCUCAUGCCAGGAAAAUACAGCUAGUUCUCAAUUUUAAACCCAUUCAUUAGAGGCCACUAAAAGUUAUGAUGGCACUGGCAAAAGUCCUUGCAUUUACGACUGUAGCAGCAUCCCCCUCAUUCAUGCGAGCAAAAUUUGGGCACUUGGCAACCAGAGUAUAUUUACAAUGGUUGUAGCAUCCGGGAGGGGGUGGGUGGGGGACCAUGUGAUCACCAUUUGCGAUCCUGCCAGCUGGCUUCCAACCACAAAAUCCAGGGACGAAGCUGGAUUCACUUAAUGAUUAUAUGAUUCGCCAAAGAACUCCAGUGAUUCACUGAACCACCAUGGCAAAAAAAAAGUCAUAAAAUCGGGUGUAUCUCACUUAACAACAGAUUGCUUAGCAGUAGAAAUUCUGGCCCCAAUUGUGAUCAUAAAUCGAGGAUUACCUGUACCAGAUUGGAGGCAUUUAAAUUAUACUUCAAAAAAAAAAAAUAGGCAGCUGGUAGCUAAUAAUACCUGUAUAAAAUUGAAUCGAGUCAUUUGCCUUUGGGGUAUUAAAAGCCAAGAUUUCUGGGGAAUCAUAGCAUUUCUAGGCUUGGAUUCUCAUCAACGGUAUGCUAAACAAGGUUUAUGUUGCAUAAACCACCAUUGGCUGAGUUUGCACAGUAUGUUAAACCACAGUGCUAUUUCUUUUGGCUUUGGCUUUGGCUUAACAAGUUGAAUGCCAGCAGCAUUUAAGAUUUAUUUCCUGAAAGAAAUUCUUGAAUCCAGCAAUAAAAUUAAAAGACAAUAAAUUUCCAUCUCUUUUAUUAUUUUUUAAAAAUGUUUUGCAAGUGCUUUCACCUGGCCACAUAUCUGCUAAUAGACAUCGGUCCCCAGCCCAGGCCACCGGUAAAUGCCUUCCGAGUUAAAAUUUACUGUUCUGAACCAACACCAGUUUUAAAAUAUUAUGUUUAAAAAUAUUGCUGGCCUAUUCCUAAAAAAAAAAAGCUAAAGCAUUAAUGAUCUAUUUAUAUAAUUAUGGGCCUGCAUUUCUGUAAAUGAUUAAAUGUUAUAGAAAAUUAGCAGAAGGGAUGGGAGAGAGAAUACACAAAAUACAGAAAUAUACGCAAACUGCUUGCCAGAUAAAGAUUUGUUUUGCUAAAUUUUAACUUGGGGGGAGUUAAAAUGUUUGCAGAACAUUUGUUUGCAGAAGCUCAGUGUACAUGCAAAACAACAAAUAAUAAUCGCGAUAAUGAUAUCAAUAAGACAAGGUAAUGGAACAGAUGAGAAAGAUAAAAGUAAGGUUCUAUAUUUAGGCAAGAAAAACUAAAUGGACAGGUACAGUAUAGAUGGUACCUGGCUCAGUAGCAGUAACUGUGAGAGGGAUCUUGGAGUCCUAGUGGACAACCAUUUAGAUAUGAGCCGGCAGUGUGCAGCAGCUGCCAAAAAAGCCUACACAGUUCUGGGCUGCAUAAACAGAGGGAUAGAAUCAAGAUCACGUGAAGUGUUAAUACCACUUUCUAAGGCCUUGGUAAGGCCACACUUGGAAUAUUGCAUUCAGUUUUGGUCGCCACAAUGUAAAAGAGAUAUGGAGACUCUAGAAAGAGUGCAGAGAAGAGCAACCAAGAGGAUUAGGGGACUGGAGGCUAAAACAUAUGAAGAACGGUUGCAGGAACUGGGUAUAUCUAGUUUAAUGAAGAGAAGGACUAGGGGAGACAUGAUAGUAGUGUUCCAAUAUCUCAGGGGCUGCCCCAAAGAAGAGGGAGGCAAGCUGUUCUCCAAAGCACCUAAAGGCAGGACAAGAAGCAAUGGGUGGGAACUAAUCAAGGAGAGAAGCAAUCUAGAACUAAGGAGAAACUUCUUGACAGUUAGAACAACUAAUCAGUGGAACGACUUGCUUCCAGAAGUUGUGAAUGCUCCAACACUAAGUUUUUAACUAGAGUUUUGGCAACCAUUUGUCUGAAAUGGUAUAGGGCUUCCUGAGCAGGCUUUCUGAGCAGGGAGUUCCCUGAACAGGGGAUUGAAUUAUAAGACCUCCAAGUUCCCUUCCGACUCUUGUUAUUCUAUUUUGUUAAUGCAGCCAUACUACAUGGGUAAAUAUACUUGGACAUAAGACAGCGCUGUGGGAAUUGUGUUCAGCAAAGGGAUGGCAUGCAGGAAAAAAACCGUCUCUGUGCCUAGUUGUUUUGGCAUGCAAUGUUCUGUAGCUGCGUCCCGGAGGUAGGGUGGGGGAGAGGAGUUGAAACAGCUCAUGUCCAGGUUGUGAGGGAUCUGUAGAUAUUCUCAACCCUCUUUCUGAUCUGUGCAAUAUACAAGUUGUCAACGGAGGGCAAGCUGGUUACAAUAGCCCACAAGUCUUAAAAGUUAAAAUUAAAAUCUUAAAAAGUUGCCAAGUUUGGAGACUCCUAGAGUAGGGAGGUACCAGCUUUGUAAGGCAGUCCAGACACACCCAAAUCAACUAAUUCUACUUUGCUAUAGUUAGGUUACUUUCACACAGUUUUGCAAGUCUGAAAGUCCAUUUCUUCCCCUUCUCCUUUACGGCUCAAGAAACUAGGGAGGGUCCCUUUUGAGACUUUCGGCCACUCCCCAUUCCUUCUGAGGGCUGAGCUGCCUCUUAUCUGACAGUUCCCCGCCCCAAGGUCAUUCACACAUACCAUUACCAGAGGGUGGAAAAUGAGAUCUAAUUAUACCAGGGUUAUUGAAGGCACAGUACCAUUCGUUCAGGAGUUUGCCUUUCUCACUGGAUGGGGUUUAUUGCAACGGUGACUGUGGGUAUAAGUGAAAAACAAUGUAAUAGCAGCUUUGACUUCUGCAAAAACCGUUGCAACUAAAGGCAGUCCAUUAGAUAGGGCAGGAAAAAGUUGCAAAAGGAGAUGUGGGUGAGGGCCCUGUGUGUUUACACUUGUGUAUCCCCACUGGUUACAAUUCUUGUUAGCUUUUCUUCAAUAAAGUUUACGUAUCGGGAAUUCUCACCUUGAUGAUUCUGGAUUCUGAAGGGCAUUAGGAACAGAUUCCUACGUGGAACCAAUUAUAUUACACAAGUCAGCAUUCUAAAAUAUCAGCCGUCGCAAUGAUUUGUGUGAUACGCCUACGCAAACAUGUACAAAAACCAUUUAUUGUUCAAUAAUAUAACAUGUGUGUCCUUAACUGCUCAAUUGUAUUUUUAAGUUGGUAAAAGAUGGAUCCAGAACUGGAAAGUACGGCUCCUGAGAAAAAUCAGACAUGCAAGGCUGAGAGUGUUUUGAAGCUUUAAAUACAAAGAAUAAACACACUCUCCAGGUUA